CUCAAGGCAGCCAGCCUAAACACAAAGCUUCGGACAGCCUUGAGCCAUUCGUUGCGCCUGGUCCGCCCCAUGCGUCAGCCUGCCUCCUGGUUCGCCCCAGGUGAGCAGAGUUUUAUUUUCUCACGACAUUUGGUCCGCCCCAGGCUGCACUCUGCCUCCUGGUGCGCCCCAGGAGUGCAGCUCCUUCCGAUGCCAGGAAUCAUGGCCGGCGUGGACCAGAAGGACAGCUACGUGGGCGAUGAUGCCCAGAGCAAGCGCGGCGUCCUGACCUCGGAGUACCCCGUCGAGCACGGCAUCGCGAACAAUUGGGACGAUAAAGGGGGAGAUCUGGCACCAUGCCGUCCUCAACGGCUCCGCGUGACUCCAUGAGAUGCACUCUCUGCUCCUCAUGGAGGCGUGCGUGGGCCCGAAGGCGAAGCGCGAACGCAUGACGCAGAUCAUGGCUGAGACGUUCAACGUGUCGGAGAUGUACGUCGCGAUCCAGGCAGUGUUCUCGCUGUGCGCUUCAGUCCGCGCCACUGGGAUGGUCAUGGGUUCUGGCGACGGCGCGUCACACGUGUCGCACAACGUGCCUAUCUAUGCGGGCUACGCGCUGCCGCGUGCGGUCCUGCGCCUGGAUUUGGCGGUGCGGGACCCUACGGAGCACUCGGUGAAAAUCCUUACCGAGCGUUGCUACUCCUUCACCACCACGGCUCGGCGAAAGAUCGUGCGCGACGUCAAUGAACAUUUCUGCUACAUCCGGUUCGAACUUCGACUCAGAGAUGAAGGCCGCAGUUGGGAGCUCCGACAAGGAAAAGACGUACGAGCUCCCCAACAAGAACGUAACCAUGGGCAGCGAGCGCCUCCCCUGGCCAGAGGUGCUCUCCCAGCUAAACUUCGUGGGCCAGGAAUACAGCCUCAUCAUUCAUGAAGUGCGAUGUCGGAAUUCGCAAGGACCUGUACGCCGACGUGGUCGACUCUGGUGGUAUCACAAUGUCUCCAGGCAUCGGCGACCGCAUGACCAAGGAGCCGACGGCACUUGCUCUUUCCACAGUGAAGAUCAAGCUCCUGGCUCCGCCCGCGCGCAAGUUCUCAGUGUGGAUCGGUCGAUCUAGUCCUCCCUCGAAGAGCACCUUCCAGCAUCUGUUAAUCUCCAAGCGGCGGUACGUCGAGUCGGGCCCCACCAUUGUGCACAGGACGUGCUUCCGAGGGUUUGCCUUCUGCAGAUGUUGAAGGACAGGCGAAUUAGAGUCGUCCUACGUGCUGGGUGGAGGUUGGCGAUCUUCUACUGGCUGCGCCUGUGCGGGCAGUACUUUCGAGUCGCAGACCCUCCUUUUUUCAGUCUGCCAGGGGAGGCCACCGCGUGGACGGCUCCCGGAUGGAAUGCCACUGGCAGCUUCCACAGCACAGCUUGCAGAUGUCUGGCCUGUACUCCUCCCCAGGGGGAAGUCGAUAUUGCCUCCCUCCCUCGUUUGUCCCCCCAAAGCAAUUCAGCGGCCAAGUGGCCCAACUGAGCGCCGCUGGUAGCCGCGGUGUUGGAGGGAAGCCUUCGCCGUGUCCUGACUGCUGGCCGGCUUCGCGCGCUCGCCCCUGCACUCGCAGAGGGCGCGUCAGUCAGCGCCGCUGUGGCUUGAGUUUUUUGUUUCGGCCGUGCUCGUCACGACGUCAACCGUCGCUAGCCUUGGAGGUGUGUCUGGGGAGGUAGCG